AUGCAGCGGAGCCGGCAGCUGCGGAGGCGGCUGCAGCCGACUGCGACGGAGCCGCCUGCCAGAGCGGCGCUGGCGGCGGCGCUGGUGGCGGCGCUGUGUCUGGCGGCCGUCGCGGCGCAGGACCCCACGUCAUCGCCCGCCUCUGCGCCCGGCGACGAGGCGAACUUUACCUCGCGGUGCAUAUGCGGCGAGGGCGCCUCGCUCAACUGCUCUUCCCUGUCGCUGACCCACCUCACGGACGAACACAACACGUGUAAUUCGAGUGUUGUUACACUCGACGUGUCCAACAAUCUCUUGGAGUCAAUCGACGGUCUAGAAGAGUGGUACGAAGAGGAACUGAAUGCUUCCUUCAACAAGAUUGGAGAAAUCUAUGCGAGCAGUUUUCAUCACAACGUGGAGGUAGUGGAUGUGUCGUGGAACCACAUUUCGAAGUUGGACCUUGAGAAUGCACACUCACUGCGGCAGCUGAACGUCAGUCACAAUCAACUCGUGCGUGUGGAGAGUUUGCCGUACCUCUGCAAUCUUCAGUGGUUGGACCUUUCUCACAAUCUACUGGAGGAGAUUCCAGAUGGACUGAAUGAAUGCACAGAACUGGAGAUGUUGAAUUUUUCGAAUAAUGCGUUACACGCGUUUCCAGUUGAAGCCUUGGAUUUUCUGAGAUCGGAAGAGGAUGACAGAUUGGCAAACCCCGUGGUGGAUCUUCGCGGCAACAACCUUACUUCAGAUGACCCAACUCUUCUGAAUUUCCUAACGGAAAUCAAUGUGACAGCCAGUGAAGAUGACUGCUCCUGUGCGAAAUUGGCACGUGGUCCGUCUUCGUUCACGCUGUGUGUGUCUGCAAUGUGUACGGACGGUACCGAACUUUGGUCGUCCGUGAACUCCACCACACCUGACACUGUCCCAGACACUUCGCGCGUCGGAUCUGCGCGGAACGAAACUGCCUGCGAGGAAGACUGCGAACAAAAUAUAACCAGUGCUGCUCCUACGGCGACCGAUACUUCAUCGACAAUCAACUCGCUCACCUCAACAACUGACGAAACUUUGCCUUCGAUCACCGACGAAACGUCGACGGCCUCAUUGCCCGGGGCUGGUGAUGAACUGCCAACAACCGCUUCUUCGUCGGUCGCCGAGCCAACUUCUUCCCCGACCGCUGAGGCCACGUCGUCUUCGGCUGCGCCGCUCCCUCCCGUCACCGCCACGGCGCGCCAGCCGGCUCGGGAUCCAGGGAGCGCGCGCCGCGGCGGCGUCCGGAGGGCACACGCCCCGCGGCCCCGCCCCCGCCCCGUGCCGUGCCCGGCCGAGCCGGCGACGCCCGCGCCGCGGGCCGCGACGAGCGGCGGCGGCGCCGCUGUACGUGACGCUGGGGCGACGCUGGUGGUCUGGCGGCGGCGGCGCGGGGCCGCGGCGCUGUACGGCCGUCUACACGCAGGCGCCGCGCGCAUGGCGUCAGUCGCAGCGCGUGGCAGGAUGCGCUCGUCGCGGCGGCACCCGCGCUCCCUGGCGUCGCCGACGCGACUUCCUGCCCUGACGCCCGCCCGCGCCGCGCGCCGGCGCGCCUCGUUCCUUGCCAGCCCACGCCGCGGCAGAAGCGCGCGAACGUCAAUCGUCAGGGCUCUCCGCGACCCUCCGGCGACGACGGAGCAGCGUACGCCGCUCCCCGGUCGGUCCCUUUGUCCGUCGGCCCAAGACCUGAUGAUUGACGUUCAUCAUCAGGGCUCUUCGCGACCCUGCGCGGAUCGCGACGGACGCAGCAGGAUACCGCGUCGGUCCUUUGUCCGUUCGGCGGCGAAGAGACUGAUGAGUGACGUUCAAUCAUCAGGGCUCUUCGCGCGCCUCCGGCGACGCGGACGCAGCAGGUAA